GAUAAAGAGAGCUGAGAGGAUACACAGAGUAGAGAGUCGAAGGAAGAGAGGGAGGAGGGCAGAUGGAGCAGGCUUUUAGUUCAACAGGGUAAACUAAAGGGGAGAGAAAUCGCCACACAGAGUUACAGGAAAUAUGUGGACUUAGUCUACCCGGCAGCAGCUCGGAGGGACACUGAGAGGCUUGUGUGAGGUCUCCAAGCUGAUGACUGAAGUGAAGAGACGUUUCUCUGCAGUCAAACUCCAAUAGCAUCUGGAUAUCACAAAAACAGACCAAGGAGGUUUUAUGCUUAACACAAGCCCUUUGACGGAACCUCAGUCAACAUCAAACCAACACAGAAUGCUUUAUCCAACAUGAUGAUCUUCAGUAACUCUCACUUUUCAACAAGGAUAGCACAUUAAAAGAUUCCUCUCAUCAUUGGAUUAUACUGGAAUUUAAACACUUUGUUCGAUGCUUACCUUCAGGACAAAUCCAGUUUUGGAUGCAAGUGCAUUCCCAACCUGGAAAUAGCCCAAUUUCUUGAGCUUUUCACUAGUUGUUUUUUUUACCAGCGGCACUCCCUGAUGAUCACAAGGGAAUAUGUCAUCAUGUUUCUGGUGGGCUCCUGUUUCCUGUUGGACUACAGCUCCCAAAUUCCCCUGCAGACUCUGCUCCCGAGCAGAACUAAGGCUGGAGUGUUGUCAGCCAGGGGAGGGACUGUAGGUAAGACUGUAAGAACAGCUUUUGGAGAAUGGACAUCCUUAAAGGGCAGGACGAGGCUAAGGAGACAUGGGAGAACGAGGGUCCAGCGCAUUAAAAGAGGAUGGGUGUGGAACCAGUUCUUUGUCCUGGAGGAGUACAUGGGAUCUGAACCACAGUAUGUUGGGAAACUCCACACGGACAUGGACCAUGGAGACAGUGCAGUCAAGUACACUCUGUCAGGAGAAGGAGCCGGCUCCAUAUUUACCAUCGAUCACAUCACAGGCGAUAUACAUGCACUGGUGGGGCUUGACAGGGAGGAAAAGACCUACUACACGCUGAAGGCCCAGGUUGUUGACAUCCACACAGGCCUGCCUCUGGAGCCCCAGUCAGAGUUCAUCAUCAAGGUGCAGGACAUCAACGACAAUGAGCCACGAUUCCCAGAUGGUCCGUACAGCGCCAGUGUCCCCGAGAUGUCUCCAACAGGAACCUACGUCACCCAGGUGACCGCCACAGAUGCAGACGACCCCACAUAUGGCAACAGCGCCCGCAUCGUCUACAGCAUCCUGCACGGCCAGCCGUACUUCUCUGUGGACCCCAAGACAGGAGUGAUCCGGACAGCUCUAGCCAACAUGGACCGCGAGGUGAAAGGGGAAUACCAGGUUCUUCUCCAGGCCAAGGACAUGGGCGGUCAGCUGGGGGGGCUAGCCUCCACCACCAACGUCAACAUCAGCCUCGGCGACGUCAACGACAACCCACCACGCUUCGCAAAGAGUGUUUUCCAUCUGCGGGUGCCAGAGUCGGCGUCAGUUGGCUCCGCAGUAGGCCAGAUUCGAGCUCAGGAUCUGGACGCCGGCAGCAAUGCACAGGUGGACUAUACCAUUGUUCCAGGAGAUGAGGGACACAUGUUUGACAUCAUCUCUGAUGGCCAAAGUCAAGAGGGAGUUGUAGUCCUGAAAAAGUCUCUUGACUAUGAGACCAAGAAGUCAUACACCUUCAAGGUGGAGGCAUCCAACGCACACCUGGACCCCCGUUUCCUCCACCUGGGGCCCUUCAAGGACUCAGCAACAGUCAAGGUAAAUGUCCUGGACACGGAUGAGCCUCCUGUCUUCACCAAGGCGUCCUACACCAUGGAGGUGUACGAGGACACUCCUCCAGGAACCAUCAUCGGCUCUGUGACAGCUCAGGACCUGGAUGCCAGCAGCAGCGCUGUCAGGUAUUCCUUGGAAUGGCAUCCGGAGUCUGACAGCUGUUUUGACAUUGACACUGUUGAAGGAACCAUUUCCACUCAUGAACACCUGGACAGAGAGACAGCUGUUCAGCACAAAAUCACUGUAGUGGCAACCAAAGUCAACAACCCCCUGCUGUCCGCCAAAGUGUCCGUGACAGUCACCGUCCUGGAUGUCAACGAGUUCCCUCCUGAGCUGGCGGUUCCUUCAGAUACCUUCGUCUGUGAAAACUCCCGAGUGGGACAGGUGAUCCAGACGGUCAGCGCUGUGGACAGGGACCUUCCUGCUGUCGGACAGAGGUUCUUCUUCAAGUCCCCCAGAGAGCUUCGCAACAGAAACUUCACUGUUCGAGAUUUUGGAAACAACACCGCCGGCAUCGUGACUCGACGCGCAGGCUUCCAGCGGCGGCUGCAGGAAGUCUACGUUCUUCCUGUCGUGGUUGAAGACAGUGGUUACCCGGCACAGAGCAGCACAGCCACCCUCACCAUCCGAGUGUGUUCCUGCGCGACCGCAGGCUCGCUGCUGACCUGCUCGGCCGAGGCCAUCUUCCUGCCCGUGGGCCUCAGCACUGGAGCUCUGAUGGCGAUCCUGCUCUGUGUCGCUCUGCUGAUUGUUAUGGCAGCAUUAUACAUGGGCCAGAGGCGGCACAAAGAGAAAGACACGCUGAUGACAUCUAAAGAGGACAUCCGCGAUAAUGUCAUUCACUAUGACGACGAGGGCGGCGGCGAGGCGGACACUCGGGCCUUCGACAUGGGCACUUUGCGCAACUCGCACUCCCAGCGCACGAGCACUCACAGCAGCACCUCCAAGAAGGAAAAAAAUGGCUACGGAGACGGGGUUCUGCUGCACCUCAGCAGCAGCCGCGGCGACGACGUCAGGUCACCCGACAUCCAUCGGCAAACCGCCAGUGUCAUCGCGGCCCCGAAGGACAAGGCUCCGCCCCCUCCCCGUGGCAAAGUGACUGAUGGCGACGCCAAACUGAUCAGGGAGUUCAUCGCGCAUCGGCUGGAGGAGAGUCAGCAGGGUUACGCCGCCCCACCCUAUGAUUCGUUGGCGACCUACGCCUACGAGGGCGAAGGCUCGGUGGCUGGCUCGCUCAGCUCCAUAGAGUCAUGGGUAAUUGACCAUUCUGAGGAUUUCAGCUCCCUUGGCGACUGGGGACAACAGUUCAAAACAUUGGCUAUCAUCCUGGACAGACCGCCGCCUGCUCACACUGAGGAGAGCUGAGAGGAAGCUGGAAAACAGAGAGACUUCUGGGAGGCCAUCUCGGAACGGAAUGUUUUUUAGACUUUUUUUUUUUUUUUUACUGUGAAAGGCACUGGCUAGAAUGAAGUGAGGAUUUCUUUUAGAAAGCUGUCCAUGUGAAGUAGAGUUGUGGACCUGUUAGCGAGAGAGUGGUGAAUCUAGCUACCGGUGCGUGGAAAACUUGAUAGCUCCUCAAAGUGCCUGAGGUAUUGUGUGUUUACAUGUAUUUUAAUGUAUGUUACGUAAUAAAAAACUAUCUCCAUCUGA